AUGGUAAAUCCCAAGGCAAUGAGCUUGCCAUUGCACGCGCCGCCCUCCCCCCAUCACCUUAUUCCCCCACCGGCGCCGCCCUACAUCGAUCGACCUUCUUCCCCUGCCGGCGCCGCCCUCCCCCCAUCCAACUUCUUCCCAGCCGGCGCGGCCCUCCCCCAAUCCACCUUCUUCCCACGCCGGCCCCGACCUCCUCGAUCCACCUUCUUCCCCCGUCGGCGCCGCCCCACCCGUACCUGCUUCUUCCCCCGCCGGCGCCGCAGGGCUGCACCUCCGAGUGCCCUCAGCUUGGUCUCCCGUCGCCCCUGCCCACCGUCACCCAUCCCCCACGCCCGGAUCCGCAGCUCCUCCUCGAUGUGGAUCAAGCCUGUGUCGCCGGACCACUUCUCCUGGCCUACCUCCCUCCGCUUCUGUCACGGGACGGCGACCGGCCAUAGCGACGACGGGCUUUGCCUCUCUCGCUUGACAUCCGCAGCGGAGGCGCAGCUCCUCCCCCGCGCAGCCCAGUUCGCUCUGCCCACUAUGUCCAUCCCCUCGCAUGGCGUGCAGUUUCCCGGUGGUGCGCUGGUGGUUUCCCCAAGUUCAGUAGCUACUUGCCCAUGUUGUCGUUUGAGUUCGCUGGAGGGACAGAGGAGGUGCUCUCGUGAGGGGAAGCCGGCAUCGUGACCAUGCCGUCCAAAUGGCACCGCACUGCAAUCCCACUUCUUCACUGUGUUCUGGUGCC